CACUGUGUUCGACACUGUAGGACUAUCCAAUACAGCAGUAAAGCAGAUUGCAGAUGCUCAAACUGAAAUAGAGAAGAUAUUACAGAAUACAUGUGAUCAUAUUGAUGUGUUUCUGCUGGUGAUCAAACUAGGUGUGGUUAUAACUGAGGUAGAGAGAAAUGCUGUGCAGUGGUUCCAGGAAAAUUUAGGAGCAAAGGCAUUACAACACACGAUAGUGCUCUUUACUCAUGGAGAUCAGUUACAGGAGCCAAUUGAAGAUUAUCUGAGUAAAUGUGAAACACUGCGAGUAUUAGUUGAUAAGUGUUCAGGAGGAUUUCAUGUUUUUAAUAACAGAGAUAUAGAUCGAUUUCAGGUUGCUGACCUUCUGAACAAGAUAAAUAGACUGAGGGUGAUGAAUGAAAACACAAGAUACACUGAGCAGGACUAUAAGAAGAUUCAAGAAGCAAUUAUAGAAUCAGGAAGAGAUAUCAGGAUAGUUCUAGUGGGUAAAACUGGAUCAGGAAAGAGUUCAGCAGGUAACACCAUCCUGGGUCAUGAGUAUAAUGGGGCGUAUUUUGCAAAUGCUGUUUCAGCAGUGUCAGUUACUAAAACCUGUGAAAGUCGUCAAGUACAGACUGGUGACCGGAUCAUCUCAGUCAUUGACACUCCAGGCCUGUUUGAUACGGCAAUGCCAGAACAAAAAAUAAAACAGGAAAUACUGAGAUGUGUCCACAUGUCUGUUCCUGGUCCUCAUGUGUUUCUGCUCGUGAUCAGAGUAGGGAGAUUCACAGAUGAAGAUAAAAAUGCUGUGAGAUGGAUUCAGGAAAACUUUGGAGAAGCAGCUGCUCGUUACACCAUCAUUCUGUUUACUCAUGCUGAUGCACUAGAGGAGAAACCAUUAGGUGAAUUUAUUAAUGAAUGUAAUGAUUUUAAGACUCUUGUUGCUGAGUGCAGUGGCAGAUUUCACUCAUUCAACAAUAAAGACAUGAAGAAUCGCUCUCAGGUCAAAAAUUUGCUAGAGAAGAUUGAGAAGAUGGUGGAGAGCAAUGGAGGACGGCAUUACACUGAUGAGAUAUUUAAAAAAGCCCAAAGAAUGAGUGCAUGGAAGGCUUUUAAACCAACACUAGUAGCAGUAGGAGGGGGGGCAGUAGUAGUAGGAUCACUAGUAGCAGCAGUAGCAGCACUAGAAGCAGCAGGAGGAGCAACAGAAGUAGUAACAAAAGUAGUUGAAGCAGCAAGAGAACCAUUCACAGUCGCAGCAACAGCAACAACAGCAGGAACAGCAGCUACAGUAGCAAAGGCAGCAAUCUUAGCAGGACGUAUGUAAAAUUGGGACCAUAGGGCACAGUUUAAUCUUAAUUUCAGUUCUGUAAUUCAGGUACUUGAAAGCACAAGCAGAUUUAAUGAGAAUAGCUGGAUUAAUAUAAGAUAAAUACUUAAGAUAAGAUAAAUGCACAUUCCAGAGACCAGAUAUUUUGAGAGUCUACAUAAUAUUUCAGAUUGUACCUGUUGUAUUUUUAUUGUAAAACCUACACUCUUAAAACAGAUGUGUUAAAAACAUCACAAUCUGUGUUAUAUCUUAACACAUGUGUCUAGUUAAGGACAACACAUUUUCUGUUAAUUUUAAUUCAACCAGUGUGUUAUUCUUCUUAACACAGGUUGAUGUUCUUCAAAUAUUUAAAUAGUGCACCUUUAAGAAUAGCACAUCUAUGACACAAAUUGUGUGAUUUAUGAUACAUUAGUGUAAAAAAAAACAAAAAAAACAGCCGGGACCUUCUGAGAAUGCUCUUGGGAACAUUACAUUUAUAGAGGGGAAAUCCAUAUACCUGACAUGAGUGCAUCCACGUCAUCCACCAAUAAAAAAAGAGGCAUGAAUUUGGUUAACAGCUUGCGGAGUGAUGUAGGCAGCAAUGUGAUUGGAUGAUAGUUAACACAUAUUGUGUUGGACACACUGUGUUGUUUCUCUCUCUCUUUCUUUUUACACAAGAUCAACUUAAAAUUACACAAAAUGUGUUAAAAUGACCAUAACACAAAAAAUGUGUUAU